AUGGUCCACAUAGAUCAUGCAGAUUUAACCAUCCACAUAAAUCAUGCUGCUUUACGGUCUUUUUUAGCGGUACACAUAGAUCAUGCAGCUUUAAAGGUCCAAAUAGAUUAUGCGGCUUUAUCGAUCCACAAAGAUCAUGCAGCUUUAAUUGUCCUCAUAGAUCAUGCAGCUUCAAUGGUCCACAACUAUUAUACAGUUAUAACGGUUAACACAGAUCAUGCAUAUUUAAAAGUCCACAAAGAUCAUGCAGCUUUAAAGGUCCGCAAAGAUCAUGCCGCUUUAUCAAUCCUCAAAAAUCUCGCAGCUCGAAAGGUCCUCAUAGAUCAUGCAGCUUCAAAGGUCCACACAGAUGAUGCAGCUUCAAAUGUCCAUAUAGAUCAUGAAGCUUUAACGGUCCACAUAGAUCAUGGAGCUUUAACGAUUCACAAAGAUCUCGCAGUUUUAACGGUCCACAUAGAUCAUGCAGCUGUAACGGUUCACAAAGACAAUGCAGCUUUAACGGUUCACAAAGAUCGUGCAGCUUUAACGGUUCACAAAGGUCAUGCAGCUUUAACGGUUCACAAAUAUCAUGCAUUUUUAACGGUCCACAAAAAUCAUGCAACUUUAAAGGUUCACAAAGAUCAUGCAGCUUUAACGGUUCACAUAGAUCAUGCAGCUUUAACGGUUCACAAAGAUCAUGCAUUUUUAACGGUCCACAAAGAUCAUGCAGCUUCAAAGGUCUACAUAGAUCGUGCAGCUUUAACGGUCCACAUACAUUUGUAG